CGCGGGAGUCCACCGGGGGGCCUAGGACGCUUGCGGGGCGGCCUCGCCCAGCCCCGCACCCUCGCGGCGGCGCAGGGCCUUCCUCGGCCGGGCGGGCAGGGUGGAGCCUCAGCGUGCAGCCGCGCGGCUGCGGGAGCUCGACUCGCUCUUCCCUCUUGCAGGUGCGCGUGAGCCGCGUGUGCCGCGGGCGCCGGGAACAGCAGGACGUGGAGGAGGAGGAGGAGGAGAAAGGAGGCGCCCGCCAUGCCCGGCCCGCAGCUCCCCGCCUCGGCCUCCCGCCCGCCGCCCCCGCGGCACGGCCAGCCGCAGCCCCUGUGAGGAGGAAGAGGCGGCGGCGGCGGACGAGGCGCCGCCCCCUAGGCGAGGCUCGGCGACCUGGCGGCCCCGGCAGGAUCCAUGGCGGAUCUCACGCCCGCGCCGUCCCUGCGGGAAGGCGGCCCCCGCGCGCCGCGGGCCUCGGGCCCCUCGCCGCCGCCGCGCUCGCGCUCGGGCUCCGAGUCGGAGGAGGCCGAGCUGUCGCUGAGCCUGGCCCGCACCAAGACCCGCUCGUACGGCAGCACGGCCAGCGUGCGGGCGCCGCUGGGCGCCGGCGUCCUCGAGCGCCGCGUGGAGCACCGGGUCCGCGCCGGCGACACGCUGCAGGGCAUCGCGCUCAAAUGGAGCAGAUAAAAAGGGCCAAUAAUCUGUUUACCAAUGAUUGUAUAUUUCUGAAGAAAACUUUGAGCAUCCCAAUUAUAUCAGAGAAGCCUUUGGCAUUUAAUGGACUGAACUCCAUCGAUUCACCAGAAAAUGAAACUGUUGAUAGCAGUUUUGCUCAGGAGGAGCUGCCAGUGAGGGCUGGGGAAGACCUCCCUCCUCCCAGCCCCCAGGAACCUGAUGUUCAGCCCGGGCAGCCUGAGGAGGUGACAGCCAGAGAUUUCCUGCAGAGGCUCGACCAGCAGAUUAAGUUAUCAACACAGGCAGCCAAGAAACUAAAAGGAGAGAGCAGAGAUGAAGAAAGUCCCUAUGCAACUUCCCUCUAUCACAGUUAGGUGGUGAAGGGCAACACUGUCACCCGGGUUAAGAGAUGCUUGGACCACAAAGACUCCAACAGCGAAGAUUCGGAAGCAUUCCUCUGGAUUCCCGUAGUUCACGUACCUUCUGCAGCUGCGCUGAAGUGAUUCGCUCCUCCUGGCUUUCCACAGUUUUAAGUCUCUGUUAUGGCAUGACAGCAACAUUGCAUCCUCAAGCUCACCAUUUUUGCAGGGGUGGUUGGUAGUUUCUAGACGAGCUUUUGUAAAUACUGGUUGACAUAAAGCAUCAGAGACUAUUUAUAUAUAUAUAUAUAUUUAGGCUAAGAAAAGGUUUAUCUCCUGAUGAAAUCCUAGUUUUGUGAAAGACUUGGUGGUUGUUUACGUGAUGCUGAAAUUGCUGCGUGUUUAUAACCUAAGUGCUAUAUAUAUAUAUAUAUUUCAAUAUGUAUUACAUAUUCUGUAUUAAUACAAAGAACCAAAUUUUGUCUGCUAUUUUGUAAAAAAAAAUAAACUACAAAAUUCUGAAUGAGAAAAUAAACUAUGUUUGCAUAU